AAAAAAGGAAGCAACUUUCUUGAGUCUUCGACGGACCUUUCUGUUCACUUCACUUCGUCCCUGACUCCAAAACCCUUCGAAGCUUGAACAGCUUUGGCCAUGGCGGAGCCUAUUAUCACCUCUGAAAAACCCUCCACCACGCCUCUUUUGGACCCACCUUCCCGAAUCGUCUGCCACGUUUGCCAGAAGCAAUUUUCACAAUACACAUGCCCUCGCUGCAACUCUCGAUACUGUUCUCUGCACUGCUACAAGUCUCAUAAUCUUCGAUGCACCGAAUCGUUCAUGCGGGAAAAUGUGGAGGGGGAGCUUGGGCAAUUGGGACCGGACGACGAAACUAAACAGAAAAUGCUGGACAUACUGAAAAGAUUUCAUUCUGAAGAAGAAGCUGAUGCCAUGGAUGAUGAUGAAGCUGGUUCUACUCUGUCUGAGGAGACCAUUCAAAAAGUGCUUUCUGGAGGUCAAGUUAGUUUUGAUGAUCUAUCUGCAGAAGAGAAGAAACUAUUCCAAAAAGCUGUUGUAUCCGGUGAACUAAGCAAGAUGAUUAAGCCUUGGGAUCCAUGGUGGUUGAAGCCUUCUGCCAGAGCAAUAACAUUCAGCAAGGAAGGAACACAACUUAUCAAACCGCUUGCCAAUGAGGAGGAAUCAAUGUCAACAGAAGAUGAUCUAGAAAGUAAUCAAGCGAGUGAGAUUCCACCUGGGCCUGACACCCCGCUGCCUCCAGUCAGCAAGCUUAGUUCUACAAAGCCAUCACCAACCUUAGCUGUUCAUCUGGUUGACAUUAUAUAUAGCUACUGUUUCACACUCCGUCUUUACAAUGGAGAUUGGCUAUCAGACGCCACAGGAUCAGCCAUGGUACUACUGUCAGUGUCCUCUGUAUUGGGCCAAGGUGGACAACCAGAGACCGUCCUGGAAGCUCUGUCUUAUUGCCUGGAACAAACCUGCUCUCCUGCUUUCAGACAGAUGGGUGGCUUGCAAUUUGGACUUGGUCUUAUAGAUGAUGUAAUAACCCUAUUAACGUUAGGAACCCCUGCUUUGUUGUGCUUGCUUUCUGAUCUGCAGAGGAUGGUUCAGGCUGGGGAGAGGGAACUGAAAUCAGAGAAACCACGAAAGUCGAGAAGAGCUGAAAUUAGGAGUAAGCUGAAGGUGGCCGAGAGGAAAAUUUAUUUCAUCAUGUGUUGGGUCCAUGAGCAACCCGGGGAAGCUUGGUCUUCCUUGGCAGCCAUUGUAAAGGCAGAGAAAGGUUCGGCUUUGAAUUAUGAAGCUGCUGCUUCAAGGCCCGGGAAAGUGGACAAGAAAGCAGAACCAAGAAGCAAGGUUUUGAUUCAGGAGAUCAAGUGAAAAAAAAAAUGAUACUGUAUUUUCUUUGCAUCUUGUUAUCUGUCAACUGUUGUAUGAGGAGCACAAACAGCUGUUCCUAGUAGAGUAGUUUACAGUUCAGUUGUAUAGUUGGCUAAUGCAGUUGCAGUCAGUUAUUUUAGACUUGUUUUAUCUAGUUUUACCAACUAGGAGCUGUAAAUCAGUAACUUUUGUUUUCACUGGGUUAUCAAAAUUCUUUAUUUUCA